AGACCUAAUUAUUUGGAGGCAAAAGAUGGGAAACUACGCCAGUGCAACCAUUUCUUUAUGAGAGAAUGAAAACACAUCCAGGAAAUGAUGUGGGUAACUCGUUUUUAAUAAAUGAUUUUGCUAAAUGGAAAAAAAUGGUGGGAGAAAAAAUAGUCCUCCUUAAACAAACAAACACGACAACCUUUCCUGUCCUUUCAAUACUGCACGGUUGAGAUUCUGCCUUGGCAGCUGUUGCAGCGAAGAGCAUCCACUGGUGUGGCUCUCAUGGGAGCUCCCCCGCUGCUUCAUAGGCUAGCGAAUAAUAAACAGGCGAGAGCCUCAUAAAAGCCUCUGAUCUUUUUUUGAAACAACAAUUACUUCCUUCCAGCGGCUCCGAGUUAAAAUGGCCUGCCCGAAGUUCCGGGGUCUCAUAGGGCUACUUCUGCACGCCCUGAUUGUUUACGCGCCCACCCGAGGGGAGGACGCUGCCGGGGAGGGCGAGGGUGGAGAAGAAGAAUGCAGACUGCUCGGGAAGUUCACUUUGCGCGGCUAUGUAAACGCUGAAGAUGCCAUGCAUGUGAUUGGAGGGAUGUUUCCCAUACACUUCAGGACCAUCCUGGAAGAAGACCCGACGAGCACGCCCCCAAUGUCGCCGCUGUGUGAGGGGUUUAAUUUCCGAGGUUACCGCUGGGUCAAAGCCAUGAUACAUGCCAUAAAUGAUAUUAACAAAGACCCUGAUCUUCUACCAAACAUAACGCUGGGCUACCAGAUCUAUGACACAUGCUAUACAAUGUCCAAGACGGUUGAGAACUCUUUGGCUUUCCUCACUGGGCAGAAUGAGACGACCCCCGUCUUCCGAUGCAGCUCCGGUGCUCCUCUAGCAGCAGUCGUGGGAGCUGGUGGAUCAACCCUCUCGAUCGCAUCCUCAAGAAUCCUUGGGCUUUACUAUUUCCCUCAGGUUGGCUAUGCUUCCUCAUCCUUACUUCUCUCUGAUAAAUAUCAGUUCCCUACUUAUCUUCGUACCAUCCCAAGUGAUUCUGUACAGUCCCAGGGAAUGGCAUACUUGGUGCACCAUUUUGGUUGGAGGUGGAUAGGCACGAUAGCAGCUGACGACGAUUACGGCAAAUAUGGGGUCAAAGCUUUUAAAGAAAAGGUUGAGAACAGCUAUACCUGCAUAGCAUUCUCGGAAACAAUCCCCAAAAUUUACUCCAGGGAAAAGCUUAAAACAGUUGCUGAAAUUGUACAUGAUACCAAUGCCACAGUCAUUGUGGUCUACUCAUCUGAUAUCGACUUCCAUCCUUUAUUGGAAGAGCUGAUGAUUAGCAACAUCAGUAGUAAAACCUGGAUAGCCAGUGAAGCCUGGGUCACAUCAGCCUUAAUUGCUAGGCCUGAAUAUUUCCCCCUCCUUGGUGGGGCUAUUGGUUUUGGGGUAAAAAGGGGUGAAAUACCAGGCCUCAAAGAAUUUCUUCUAGACGUACGCCCAGGUGAAGAUCCUGAAGAUGACCUAGCAAUUGAAUUUUGGCAGUCUGCAUUCAACUGCACCUGGCCUAAUGCCAACAUAUCGUACAAUACAGACAACAGAAAAAACGUAACUGGCCACGAGAACAUAGUUGAUUUUUCUUCAGAUCAGUUGUGCACUGGAAAGGAGAAGCUGGAAGAUCUUAACAAUACCUACCUGGAUAUUUCAGAACUUAGAAUAACAUAUAAUGUCUACAAAGCUGUAUAUGCUGUCGCUAAUGGCCUUGACAAAUUACGCCUUUGUGAAGAAGGACGUGGACCAUUUAUUCCUGGGCAACAGUGUGCCAAAAUUGAUGAAUUUGAACCCUGGCAGUUAAUGUACUACAUGAAGAAUGAAAUGAAAUUCACAGUUCUUGGCGAGGAUGUAGAUAUAAAUGAGAAGGGAGAUGUGUAUACUUCAUAUGACGUUCUAAACUGGCAGAAGAAUGAGAAUGGUGAAAUUGCCUUUGUGCCCGUUGGAACAUUUAACAUGACUGGGGAAAACGACAUGGAAUUUCAUGUAAAUAAUGAUUCAAUAUUUUGGAACAAUCCAGCAGAAGCACGUCCACGCUCCACAUGCAAUAAGAAUUGCCAACCUGGUUAUCGGAAGGGGAUCCUGCAAGGAAAGCCCUCGUGCUGUUAUGACUGCAUAAGAUGUGCAGAAGGACAGAUCAGUAAUAUAACAGAUGCAAGGGAAUGCAUAGCCUGCAAAGAAGAUUACUGGUCCAAUGAAGACAGAAGUGUGUGUGUGCUUAAGGAGGUGGAGUUCUUGGCUUAUGGAGAAGCUUUAGGAAUGACGCUGAUUGCUCUGUCUGUAUUCGGCGCUUGUGUUGUCAUGGCAGUGACCGGUGUCUAUAUCAAGUUUAGGAGCACAGCUCUUGUGAAAGCAAAUGACCGCGAACUGAGCUUCCUCAUUCAGUUUUCUCUCGUCGUAACCUUGAUGACUUCUAUCCUUUUUAUUGGUAAGCCAGAAGACUGGUCCUGUAUGUCCCGCCAGGUAACCCUUGCCUUGGGUUUUUCUCUUUGCCUCUCUUGUGUCUUGGGAAAGACUGUGAUGCUCUUCCUGACACAGCUGGCAAAAAACUCAAAGGUUGCCGAGAAAGUGCGAAUGUCCAUAAGGCCAAUUUUCCAAAAAAUCAUUGUCCUCAACUCUGUCCUCGUGGAAGUAGGCAUCGUCUGUGCCUAUCUCAUACUUGAUCCUCCCCAUAUGUUAAAGAACACCCAGUUCUCAAUCACGAGAAUCAUUUUUGAAUGCGACGAGGGCUCCAUCUUGUACUUGUGCGUCAUGUUUGGCUUUGAUGUGUUCCUCGCCAUCCUGUGCUUCCUCACGGCCUUCGUGGCUCGCAAGCUGCCCAAUAACUUUAACGAAGCCAAGUUUGUCACCUUUGGCAUGCUGGUCUUCUUCAUCGUCUGGAUAUCGUUCGUCCCCGCUUAUUUAAGCACGCGGGGGAAGUUCAAAGUGGCUGUGGAGAUCUUUGCCAUUUUGGCUUCCAGCUUUGGUUUGCUGGGGUGCAUAUUUGUGCCGAAAUGUUACAUUAUCUUGCUGAAACCUUUAAGAAACACAGAAGAAAUAGUGGGGGGCCGAGCAGCCACCAACGACAAGAGCGCCCCGCCAACUUCCGCCUCUUGCACCAGUGAAGUCAACAACACUACCGUGUCCACGGUCCUUGAAGAUUAGAGCUUUCUGAGCUUUUGCCUGUCAUCAAUUCCACUAGUUUAUUUGCACACCUUUUUGCCCCUCCUCUUUGCUGAGAGAAAGGAAAUACCUUACCAAACUUGCCCCUUCUGCUUGUUGGGGAAUAAUAGCACAAAUAAAGCAUGCCGAAUUGCUUGCUGAGAAAGUAAUGUGAGGAGCUUUGUGUUUUCAUGAUGACAUAUAUUGGCUUAGAUCCAACCCUCUGCAAGCAGAAAGGAACUUCUGCUCACAAAAGGGAAGGGGUCAUUCAUUUCCAACACUACUCUCAGCUGCAACCUCCAGCGCCACAUCAACAUUACUUUGGAGUGUUGAUUCUCUGACCCUCCUGAGUGGCUGAGUGAGGAGGGUAUGUGUGGAGGGGACAGCAGGAAGGAGAAGACAGGGAAUCCCCAUUCCAUGAGCAGCAGUCCACUCAUGGUUCAUAGGAUCCAGCCCCUAUGAUUCCACCUGUAAUAGGCCAGCCAUUUAAAACAAUACAAUCAGUGACUUUUCCAUGUAAAAAGCAACCAUCUCAACAUAGCAUCAGCUAACUGCAUGAGA